UGAGACAUUACGAGACAUUCACUCAAGGAAUGACUAGGUCGACGGUCGACCGAGCUGUCAGACAGUGGAACUCCCAUUCCUUGCAUCGUCCCAGCCCUCCGACAGAUUGAGGCAAGGGCUCUGACUAUGGCCCAACGAUGCCGCGGUAUUAGAGUGGUCACCUCAGGAAAGACGUCACUCACUCAUCUUUGCCAACGUUGGCAUUAGCGUAUGAUUAGUGAAUAGUGGCGUCCAGUCGUAUUGCAAGGCUGGCAUACGACCAGGGUCGGAUGGAUGGUGUCCGUGAUGCCUCGCUCUUUCUGCCCUCGACACGGCAGGAGCUAAUGGCACGAGGUGCUGAACACCGGGGUGGCAUGCGGGACAAGGCAUGGCAUCCACCAAAAGAAAACAUGGAAGGUGCAGGCCAAGCCAGUCCGCCUGCUCUUUCUUGUGGAAAGCAUGGGAAGGUAAUCAACACGAGCGGGGCAAGAGCACGAGAGAGUGAGCGUGCAUGGCUUCUGAGACCUUUCCGUCCCAAGCUCGUACUUCCAUUCCCGCUUCUUUUGGGCCGGCGUCAAUUUGCACGUUACUGCCACGAGGUCGUUCUUUCUCUCUCCGCUGAUCUUCUCUACUUCUACCUUUCGUCCGCCUGUUCUCCUUUCUCUUCUUUCCAGCACUGCCUCAAGUCGACUGGACAUACAACCUCUCGCUACCUUACCCUGUUCCAAAUCAUUGGACUCCUUCGCCUCGAAUACUUGUUAUCAAACUCUACCGUUCCUUUACAUCUUUUCCGCACAUGUUCAUAUCCUUCAAGCCACCAUCAACUUCGCUCUAUACGGAAAUCGUGGAACGCUGUCCAUCCUCAACUAUCAAGGAAUCGUGUCAUCUACUAAAAAUUCUGGGGAAUUCGGGUGUCUUUCCGAUUGUUUGAAUAGCAGUCUCACAAGUCUAUUUCCUCCCACUGAACAAUGCGGCUCUUCCAUCGACAUCGAAACAAGCAGAAGAAUCCGUCUGUCACCAUUCAAGAAGACAUACUUUCACCCUUCGACUCACCAGCACCUUU